GCACGCGACGAGCUGGCGUUGGUCAGGCUGAGUUCAGAUUCGCAGUUCCUUCAAUACCCUCGUGGCGUAGCGAAUCCUGCUCAUUCAGAAACUCAGACUUGGCGCGAGACCGCCGCUGUCCUGGCGAGAAACGCCUGGAGCUGUUCUGGCUUAGAGUAGACCGUGACAGCCGCUUUCGGCCAGAAUCGUAUCUCACGAGACAGCUAACAGUCUGACCUCGUCUCUUAGGCCUUAACUGAGUUCCCGUCCCGAAUCAAGGCAGAAUGUUAUAGACGCCAUUCCCGAGGGCCUUAUCUCUUCUCACUUCGUUACGGGUUACAUUCGAUCUUGGACUUAUUAUAAAAUGGCCCUGUCCAUAGCCAUUCUUCUCUUAUGCGCGAUCGCGACAGCCGACUCAGCAGAUCGUAGCCCUCAUAUCGAUGCGCCUUACCAUGCGGCUAUCAACAGUACUACGAACCGUAACGUCGCGCACGCGGCGGCGGUUUCUUCCCUUUCCACUCUUCGCGAUGCCUUCACGAAUCAGACGACGCACCGUUCUGGCGUCGGACGUCAACGACUCCGUCUAUCCAGCCGGCUAGCCGUUCGCCGUGACGCUCCGUCAACACCCGACGGCAAGGAGCCAUCUCCUUACCGCCGCUCUCUCUCCGCCUCGGAUCCGCACGCUUCCGCGAGCAAGGCUGUUCUUCCGCCGAACCCUUCCGAUCCGCACUCGGCACCCCAAGCCGUCCUUCCGCCCCCCGUCCCUAACCAUCCGAGCCCGCCGAGCAUCUCUUCUGGUCCGAGCCUCUUUUCCUUGCCGAGCCUGGCCUCCAUUUUCGCUUUCAUGCAGCCUCGGGAUCCGAGGCAGGUUCCGCCGACUUCUUCCCCCCCAGCGCUCCCCGUCCCCCCUGUCCUGCCCCCUCCGGUCCUGCGCCCCCCAAUCGCGCGGCCUCCGCCGGUCAAACCCCCCCCGCGUGCCCCUGCGCCGCCUCCGCCAUUUUUCCAGCCGUGGCCAAUCAACGGCCAGGGAAUCUUCAACGUGCUACAGUUCGGGGCGCGCGCGGACGGGCGCACGGACAACACGGACGCGUUCCGCCGCGCGCUGCAGUCCGCGUGCGCGUGGGGAAAGGCGCGGAACGGGUACGCGCGAGUGGUGGUGCCCGCGAGCGGGCUGUUCCAGAUCUUCCCGGUUGAGCUGGAGGGCCCGUGCGGCGCCGGGCUGGAGGUGCUGAUCAAUGGCGGCAUUGCUGGGGCCGCCAACGUUACAAGUUACCCGAAACCGCGGAAGAGCAACGCGUGGGGGCUUUUGUUUUUCCGAGAGGUUGCGAAUCUGGCGGUCAGGGGAAGCGGGUGGAUGGACGGACGCGGCGCGGGGUUUUGGGCGAGGUCGAAGGGGAGCAAAAAACCCACUCUACUGUUCCUAAUGCACUGUGAUAAUGCUACAGUGCAAGGAAUAGGUUUAACGAACUCAGCCAAGGCACACCUCAAGGUGUAUGCCAGUAACGGACUGCUUAUAGAGGGUAUAACCACUCGCAGCCCAUUCAACAGCCCCAACACGGACAGCAUUCAGGUCUCCAGAGUUGAGAAUGGCGUCAUUCGAAACAGCCAACUGCAGGGAGGAGAUGACAACGUGGCCAUCGGUGAUGGCUGUCACAAUCUGCUGGUGGAGAAUCUUGUGUGCAUCAACGGCCAUGGAGUGAGCAUUGGAAGCCUGGGAAAGGAUCGUGAAACGGCCUGUGUGUCGGACGUGCUUGUAAGGAACGUGACUUUCACGGGGUCCAACAACGCUCUGCGGAUCAAGACGUACCAGGGGGGCAAGGGGCUUGUAUCGAACGUGACUUACCGGGACAUUCGAGUGACUGACGUCACUUGGCCUAUAAUAAUCGAUCAGUUCUAUUGUGACGCCUCUCCAAGUAAAUGCCGAGAGAGGAAGGAGGCAGUAGCCGUGACUGAUAUAAACUUCAUCAACGUGAAAGGAACGGCCAACGGCACCCAUGCCAUCCUCUUCAACUGCAGCCGCUCCGUGCCCUGCACCUCGCUGCUGCUCUCUGGCAUCGCCAUUGCGCCCUCUGCCAACCGCGCCAGCAGUUUGCUCCAAGUUGUGGCCGCCCAAUCUGGCGAAUCUUCUCAGUCUGUUGCGCCCUCUGCCAACCGGGCCAGCACCCUGCUCCAAGCUACUGCUGUUGCUGCUGAUGUGCUCUCUGCUUCUUCCUUCUCCUCCUCCUCCUCCUCCUCCUCCUCCUCCUCCUCCUCCUCCUCCUCCUCCUCCCCCUCCCCCUCCUCCUCCUCCUCCUCCUCCUCCUCCUCCUCCUCCUCCUCCUCCUCCUCCUCCUCCUCCUCCUCCUCCUCCCCAUUCUCCUCCUCCUCCUCCCCCUCUUCCCUCCGUACGUCAUCUGCCUCCUUUGAAUCAGACAUCCGCCCUCUCUUCCCUCACCUUCCCUCAUCCUACGUCUCUGCUUCCUCCUCUUCCUCCUCCUCCUCUUCACUCUAUCAAGUACCUCCUCUCUUAUCGGAGUUCAUCUCAGCCUAUGGCGUCACGACGGGCCUCCUCUUUCCAAUGCCCAAGGUAGCCGGGUGGUCCUCCCUCUCCCCGCUGCCCUACAGCCGCUGGCUCUCCAACGCCAUGGCUUCUCUCUGCGGAUCAGAGCGAGUCGCCUUCCCGCCUUUCCCUCCGCCUGUUGCCAAGGCCCCGGCCCCCAAGCCACCUUCUCUCAAGCCUCCCGCUCUCCGCAAGCCUCCCCCUUCCCUCAAGACUCCCCCUUCCCUAAAAUCUCCUCCACCAAAGAAGCCUACCCCAGUCGUACCUUCCCCCAAGCGACUACCACCCUCCUCAUCCUCCUCGUCCUCAUUAACGUCAGCAUCUAACCCAUCCCAGCUGUUCCCACGCACGGACUCCUCACCAUCGCCUCCUAACCCCUCCCAGAUCUUCCCUCUCAUAAACCCGCCAUCUGCAUCGGCAUCUCGUUCUAAACCUUCCCAACUGUUCCCUACUGCUGCACACGCAGCUUCACUGCACCAGCAGCAGCAGCAGUUCACCUCACCCUCCUCCUCCCUCCCCACUCCCACAUCGUUCUUUGCUGCUCGCCUGGUGCAGUCAGAAGAGGCUCGAGCACAGGCCAGGAGACAGGAGGCAUCUCACGUUCAACAUGCUCACACUUCCCUUAGUCACAUUCGGUCUUCCGGACGCUUGUAUACACUUGCCUCCACGCAUACCUCUCCUCCCCCUCCCCAUCACUCUCCUUCAUCUCCCCCUCCCUCUAGUUCCUCUCCCCUUCCUCUCCCCUCCCCAACUCCCCCCCUCCUUCCUUACCUACCGCUUCAUCUACCUGACGGCCAAACACACCCUUGAACACCGCACAGCACCACACUGCAUUGCACUUCGACACUCUGCACACACUGCCUCGACGCACUACAGAGCGCUGCACCAGCACACACUCGGUGGCAGUACACUCGUAUGCAUUUUAUAGACACCACCAGCACGGGCACACAUGCCGCGGCUCUCAGCUCGAGAGCUUAGAUGGGCGACUACAAUAGAGGCCCUUAGUAAGAGCUGGAUUUGCCUCUAAUGCAUUGGUGCGCCCCCUUGAUUCGUUUCAGGCCACACUGAAAAAUAGGGUUUCUAGUUUUCUGAUUGGUUGGCCCGGGUUUUUCCACAUUGAACACUGAUUUUUCAGGGUCGGUACGGUAAAGCACCCUGUAAAAAGGCGAAAUUUGCGUUGUUUUUUU